AGUAAUUAAGCCUAAAUAAAAAGGUUCGGCAACUCCAAUCAACUCAGCAUUUACAGACGCCCUCUCUCCCGGCGCUAAAAAAAUAAAAUUCCGGUCUAUUUUCCGAUGACUACGGUGCAAGGCAAAUGGAUCAAGCUUGAUCAAAACGGUGCCGGACCGGGAGCAAGAAGCUCACAUGCAAUAACAAUCGUCGGACAAAAGGCCUACGCAUUCGGCGGCGAGUUUUCACCACGCGUUCCGGUGGACAACAAGCUCCACAUUUUUGAUCUCCAAACUCAGUCAUGGUCUGUCCCAGAAGUCACCGGAGACGUUCCUCCGCCGCGAGUUGGUGUCACAAUGGCUGCUGUUGGCGGAAUCAUCUAUGUCUUUGGAGGCAGAGAUGGUACUCAUAAGGAGCUUAACGAGCUCUACUCUUACGACACGUGUACUCACAAGUGGACCCUACUUUCUUCCGGUGAUACUGGCCCUCCUCACCGGAGUUAUCAUUCUGCCACUUCCGAUGACCGACACGUGUUUAUCUUUGGUGGGUGUGGUGUGGAUGGGCGGUUGAAUGAUCUGUGGGCUUAUGAUACAGUGGAGGGAAAAUGGGUCAAGUAUCCGAGCCCGGGUGAUAGCUGUAAGGGUAGAGGUGGGCCUGGGCUUUCUGUGACCCGAGGAAAAAUAUGGGUUGUAUAUGGGUUUGCUGGUGUAGAGGCGGAUGACGUCCAUUGCUAUGAUCCGGUUCUUGAGAAGUGGGACCAAGUGGAGACAAGUGGCGAAAAACCAACGGCUAGAAGUGUAUUUUCAACGGUUGGGAUUGGAAAGUACAUAGUUAUAUAUGGGGGAGAAGUGGACCCUAGUGACCAGGGCCAUAUGGGGGCCGGGAAAUUCACCGGCGAUCUGUACGCAUUAGACACGGAUACUUUAGUAUGGCUGAAAUUGGACGAUGGGCCGGGCUCGAAAAAUCACCCCGGCCCGCGAGGAUGGUGCGCUUUCGCCUCGGGUAGCUUGGGUGGUAAGUUAGGGCUUUUGGUGUAUGGGGGUAACUCUCCGAGUAAUGAUCGGUUGGAUGACAUUUUCUUUUUGACUACUAGCUUAUAAGUAAUUGAAAAAUGAUUCUGCUAUUUGGAUUUUAAUGUAUGGUUUUAUGUAACUGAAAAAUGUAUUGUUAUUUGGGUUUUAAUGUAUUGUUUUGUUAAGAA